GACAGCAAAACAACAACAAAAAAGGACUCGGGAGUUUUCAUGGAUUUUCGUUGAAUUUACAGCAGAAAAAUGCCUGAAAACUUGAACAAAUAUUCCAUUCUCUUGCCAACUUACAACGAAAAGGAAAACUUACCGAUCAUCAUAUGGCUCAUCGUCAAAUACAUGACACAAAGUAACAUCGAUUACGAAGUAAUUAUCGUUGACGAUGGCUCUCCAGAUGGCACACAAGACGUCGCGAAACAACUCCAAAAAAUCUACGGCGAAGAUAAAAUCUUGUUACGUCCUCGUCCCAGCAAAUUAGGAUUGGGAACCGCUUACGUUCAUGGCAUGAAACACGCUUCGGGCGACUUUAUCAUCAUUAUGGAUGCGGAUUUGAGCCAUCAUCCAAAAUUCAUUCCAGAGAUGAUAAAUCUUCAAUUAGAGCACGAUUAUGAUGUCGUAAGUGGCACACGUUAUCUUGGAAAUGGCGGAGUUUCUGGAUGGGACUUCAAAAGGAAGCUUAUUUCACGCGGCGCCAACUUUUUAUCGCAAAUUUUGUUACGUCCCGGAGCUUCGGAUCUCACAGGAUCAUUCCGCGUGUACAAAAAACGCGUUUUGGAAAAGCUAAUUGCGAAUUGUGUGAGCAAAGGAUACGUUUUUCAGAUGGAAAUGAUUGUAAGAGCUCGUCAAUUCAACUAUACAGUCGGCGAAGUACCCAUCACGUUCGUCGAUCGCGUUUAUGGACAAUCAAAACUCGGCGGUACUGAAAUUUUUCAAUUUGCGAAGAAUUUGUUGUACCUUUUCGCAACUACUUGAGUUGUUUUUGAAGCAUUUCCUUUAUUUUUUAUCCGUAAUAAAUAUUAAUUUCGAUUAA